GGAACAGGUCUCUGAGCCUGGACCACGCAGAUUCUAUACCUCGCAGGUCCUUUCUUUAAGGCAGUGUAUCUCUUGAGUAUCGUGGGAUCAUCACUUUGCCUUAUCAAGGGAGCAGGCACCAGCUUGUCUUCAACCGGACGAGUCCGCAGAUGGCUGGACAAUAAGCACAGUGAGGAAAAUACCGAAUCGAAGCCAGACAGAUCCCCUCUUUUUUUCUCUGCCUUUCAUGGGCGGCGGAGGGAGGAUAUCCCCGAAUGCUUCCGGCGCUGGAGCGCGCGCUGUCCCUUUAAGCAGGAGCGCGGGGCGCGGCUCAGGUAUGGGGCGUGUCCAGGGGGCGGGCGAGCCCUGAGCCGGCUCUGUCUCGCAGCCGGAUUUGGAGCACGGCGCCGGCGGGGGCCGGAGGGGGCGGCGCGGCGGACCUCGGUGGCCUCGGACGCUCCUCCUCGAGAGCGGCCGCCGCCCGCCUCCGCCCGUGCUAGCGCUGCUCUCUCGCCCUGGCCGGCACCCCCGCAGUUGCUCCAGGCCGCUCACUUGGGACGCGCUUACCUGAGACGAGGCGCCCGCCACCCUCACCUGGGCCAGGAUGAAGGACCGACUGGAGCAGCUGAAGGCCAAGCAGCUGACGCAGGAUGAUGACACGGACGAGGUUGAGAUUGCUAUUGACAACACAGCAUUCAUGGAUGAGUUCUUUUCUGAGAUUGAGGAAACACGGCUCAACAUCGACAAGAUCUCAGAGCAUGUGGAGGAAGCUAAGAAACUCUACAGUAUCAUUCUCUCUGCACCGAUUCCAGAGCCAAAAACCAAAGAUGACCUUGAACAGCUCACAACUGAGAUCAAGAAAAGGGCCAACAACGUCCGGAACAAACUGAAGAGCAUGGAGAAGCAUAUUGAGGAAGACGAGGUCCGGUCAUCAGCAGACCUUCGGAUACGAAAGUCCCAGCACUCCGUCCUCUCCCGGAAGUUUGUGGAGGUGAUGACAAAGUACAAUGAGGCACAGGUGGACUUCCGUGAACGCAGCAAAGGGCGCAUCCAACGGCAGCUUGAAAUUACUGGCAAGAAGACAACAGAUGAGGAGCUGGAAGAAAUGUUGGAGAGUGGCAACCCAGCCAUCUUCACUUCUGGGAUCAUUGACUCCCAGAUUUCCAAGCAAGCCCUCAGCGAGAUUGAGGGUCGGCACAAGGACAUCGUGAGGCUGGAGAGCAGCAUCAAGGAGCUCCAUGACAUGUUUAUGGACAUCGCCAUGCUGGUGGAGAAUCAGGGUGAGAUGUUAGAUAACAUAGAGUUGAAUGUCAUGCACACGGUGGACCAUGUGGAGAAGGCACGGGAUGAAACUAAAAGAGCCAUGAAGUAUCAGGGUCAGGCUCGAAAGAAAUUGAUAAUUAUCAUUGUGAUAGUAGUUGUGUUGCUGGGCAUUUUAGCAUUGAUUAUUGGAUUGUCCGUUGGGCUGAAAUAAGAGUGGCCUAAGGGGCUGCUGCACUGAAAUCUUGGCCUGACCACUCUUGUCUCCAGAUGGGAACAAAGAUUAAAUGGCCUUCCUGAGAAUGAGGGGUACCUGUUCCUUUAUUUCCUUGUAACCAUCCUUGGACCUGGCUCAGCAAACAAUCUACCCCUGGAGGGGUCUAAUCUACCCGGUGCAGUCCUGAGUUCUCAAAACACCUCCCAUCCUAGCAGCUGAAGUACCCUCCUCCGGACCGUGUGAAGCAACCCAGUGUGUUGGUGUGUCAGUUAUGCCUUGUGACUUGGAAAAUCCCAGUGAGACCAGCCAGGGUGCUGUAUUUCUACCUCAUGGAGUAUUCUCUCGGAAUAUACUUUGUAGGGGAGUAACUAACAAAGUAGAGGGUUUCUUCUAAGUUUAGCAGUAGUGUGGCUUGGAUCAGAGUCCCUAGCUGGCAGGAUACCAAUCUUUAGUUUGUAGUCUGAUGUCCUGAAAACAUGAAAGACUAAUGGAUGCCAUUUUGGUCUUACAAGUUGGCUUUUUUGAAAUUCACCUUUUAAUUAAGCUCUAACUUCACCUUGUGGGGCACAUUGAUUUUUCUCUAUAUUCACUCUUGUUUACUCAGAGAGACCAGGGUGACAAGUCCUCUGAAGCUACCAUUGGCAAAGACUGAGGACAUAGAACAUACUUCCAUGUCUGAGUCUUGGAAACUGGUUAGUCACUGUUAGAGAAUUGCUCUUUGUGAAGACAUUACCUUGAGGCCAAACAGAACUAGGGAUUUACAACUGGUCCAGGGACAAGGUGCUACUGUCUCAGGCUCUGGAAAUGUCAGUCAUUUGUGUGUUCCAGGUGUACUUUUGUAACUGUGUAUGUGAGAGGUAUUUAUAUAACUGUCUGCCUCUCAGGAAGUAGGAAAACUAGAAGAUACUAUGAUCUCAAAAAGAAAGAAAGAAAGAGACAAAGGUAAAUAGAGCUUAGCUAGAAUCAGGUAAGGAAUAUGUGCUUACCUCAGUGAAUCAUUGUAGAAAUGUGAUUUUCCCCUUGCUAUCAAGCUUGUUUUCUGGAUGGCUGCUGCCAUGGGAAUCAAAUGAGACCUUUGGAGUAAGGACUAAAGUGAUUCCCAUUGAAGUUUUCUGCAUAGCAGAUAGUGAGUGUGUAAUGUUAUUUACCUCCAUCUGCUGCUUACAAGAGGGUUGGCCAGAGAACAUCUCCCAACUGUCUGAUAUUAUUUAUACUGUCCAUGUGAUCUUUCUUCUCUGGCAGGAGACUCGGGAGUCUAUAGAGCAGCUCUUCUGCUUUCUUUUGUCCCCUGUAAUUCCUAUCAUGGAGGCAAUAACCUGGAAAUCUUUGCUAGUGAUUGCAGCCCAGUGGUAAGCCUUAGACCUUUGGUGAUCCCUGCCAGUAUCCCUGAUUUGGGGUAUUUAAACUCCUAAUUUAACGUGUUUUGUGGGAUGAGUGCUCUAGUCUGGGCACUGCCUAUGAGCUUCCUUUGUAAAGGCACCUCUUCAGUCAACCAGCACUCAAGAUGGAGCCGUAGGGAUGCCCUCCUCCCUAUGGCUGUGAUGUCUGGCAGGACUGGCUCGAGCUAGGAGAGGAAACAACCCUUAGUAAAGGCCUUUUCUUUCCUCCUUCAGGUCAGGGGCUAAAAGUUUGAAAUGCUACAUGUGAAGGGCUUUUGUUGUUUGUAAAUUUUUAAAUGUAAACUUGAUUAUUUUAUUGCUAAUUUAAAAAUAAAUGACUUUAUAUUGAUUGCAAAA